CUUUGCGUUCAAAGCGGAUGCAGACUGACUGCGUGCCUGCGCUAUAAAACCACUUAAAAACCUUCAGAUGCGCCUUCAUGCCGGAGAGACCGCCGCGUCAAACCCACACGAGAGGAUUAUAGCAGGUUUAUAACAGGAUUACGACGAAUGUCCAUCAGAAAUUCACUAGCGUUGUCUGGUUGAGAGCUGAGAGUCAAGCGGGACCUGGGUGAAGAUGUCCGUCUCCACUCAGCUGGGUCUGCUGCUUUGGAAAAACUUCACUUACAGAAGAAGACAAACGCUCCAACUGCUGACGGAGAUUGUGUGGCCUCUCUUUAUUUUCUUCAUCUUGAUCAGUGUGAGGUUAAACUACCCGCCUUACGAACAACAUGAAUGUCACUUUCCCAACAAAGCCAUGCCCUCAGCGGGCACCCUGCCCUGGAUCCAGGGCAUUGUCUGUAACGCCAACAAUCCCUGCUUCCGACACCCAACCCCUGGGGAAUCUCCCGGAGUUGUCGGGAACUUUAAUGAUUCCAUAAUCUCACGCCUGUUUUCCGAUGCCAAGAAGAUUUUGCUGUACAGUCAAAAUGACAAGAGCUUAGACGGAUUCAAGGAGCUUAUCAGUGCUGUAAAAGAAAUGCAAAUGAACACGGCGGGUUUCAAGCUGAAGGACUUUCUACGUGAAAAUGAGACGCUGUCCACAUUCCUCAGGGAGAACGCCUCCUUUACACAACAUUUUGUAGAGAACAUUCUGGAUGCAGAAGUGAAUUUAGAGAAGGUUCUAAUCAAAGGUUUUGGUGUCCAUCUGAGAGAUAUGUGCAGGUCCGUUGCGCUUAAGGACUUUGUGACCAUUUCGAACGAAACGGUGGCUAGAUUCACCCAGGACAUCAUCUGCAAAUCCCCCAGUACCUGGUUAGAUCAGGCUGAGAGUCACUUCAAGUCCAACCUGGACUUUCUUAAACCUAUUAGGCUAGAUGUUAAGACUAACGGCAGCAAUGUCCAUCAAGUAGCCAAAGCCUCAGAAAUUCUUCUGGAAAGUUUGGGAUCACUGGCUGUAGAGUUCGCCAGUAUGAGGAGCUGGAGCGAUCUGCGAAACGAGAUCUUGUUUCUGACUGAAAAUGCCACUGGGUCACCAAGCCUGAUGUACCAGGCUGUCUCUCGCAUCGUUUGCGGACACCCGGAAGGCGGCGGUCUUAAGAUCAAAUCCCUCAACUGGUACGAAGACAGCAACUUCCAGGCAAUUUUCGGCAGCCACAACGACAGUGACGAUGAACAGGUUUCUGUUUAUGACAACACCUCAACUCCGUAUUGUAACAACAUGAUGAGGAACAUGGAAAUCAACCCCAUCUCUCGUAUGAUCUGGAGAGCCUUGAAACCUCUUCUGAUGGGGAAGAUUCUCUACACUCCACAUACACCUGCAACACAGAAGAUCAUUCAUGAGGUUAAUAAGACAUUUCAGGAGCUUGGGAUUCUAAGAGAUUUAGGAGGAAUGUGGGAGGAAACCAGACCAAGGAUUUGGAGCUUUAUGGAGAACAGUGAAGAAAUGAAUCUGAUGCGGACUCUUCUUCGAAACAAUGCCACUGCUAAUCUCUUUAGGGCCCGGUUAGCUGGUACACAGUGGAGUGUGGAUGAUGUUAUUAGCUUUUUAUCCAAGCAUUCCGAAGAUUCACGUCCACACGGAACGGCAUUUACCUGGAGGGACGUCUUCAACGAGACAGACCAGGCCAUUAUGAGCAUAUCCCGUUUCAUGGAGUGUGUAAACUUGGAUAAACUGGAACCAGUGAGCACAGAGGAGAAACUGGUGAACGAGUCCAUGAGUCUGCUGGAUAACAGAAAGUUUUGGGCCGGCAUUGUGUUUCUGGACGUACCGCUUAACAGUUCAGAACUUCCACCGCACGUCAAUUACAAGAUCCGCAUGGACAUCGACAAUGUGGAACGCACAAACAAGAUCAAAGAUGGGUAUUGGGACCCCGGUCCCAGGGCCGACCCAUUUGAGGACCUCCGGUACAUUUGGGGAGGAUUUUCUUACCUUCAGGAUGUUAUCGAACACAGCAUUAUCCGAGCACUUACUGGGACCAAAGAGAAGACUGGUGUCUACAUUCAACAGAUGCCUUACCCAUGCUACGUAGAUGACAUUUUCCUCCGGAUUAUGAGUCGGUCUAUGCCUCUGUUCAUGACUCUGGCCUGGAUGUACUCAGUGGCCAUCAUCAUUAAAGGUGUCGUCUAUGAGAAAGAGGCCCGGCUCAAGGAGACUAUGAGGAUUAUGGGAUUGGACAAUGGGAUCCUGUGGUUCAGCUGGUUCAUUAGCAGUCUCAUUCCUCUAUUGAUCAGUGCAAGCUUACUGGUUGUUCUCCUCAAGAUGGGUAAUCUCCUGCCAUACAGUGACCCUGGGGUUGUCUUCCUCUUUCUCGGGUCAUUCGCCGUCGUAACCAUAAUGCAGUGUUUCCUCAUCAGUACGGCAUUCGCUCGCGCUAACCUGGCAGCUGCUUGCGGGGGCAUUAUAUACUUCACCCUUUAUCUGCCUUAUGUGCUGUGCGUGGCCUGGCAAGACUACGUGGGCUUCUCUGCCAAAGUCAUUGCUAGCUUGCUGUCUCCAGUGGCGUUCGGGUUCGGCUGCGAGUAUUUCGCCCUGUUUGAGGAGCAGGGUAUUGGUAUUCAAUGGAACAAUCUCUUCUCCAGUCCCUUGGAAGAGGAUGACUACAAUCUCACCACGUGCCUCAUACUCAUGUACUUUGAUGCAUUCUUGUAUGGUGUCAUGACCUGGUACAUAGAAACCGUUUUUCCGGGACAGUACGGCAUUCCCAGGCCCUGGUACUUCCCAUUCACCAAAUCCUAUUGGUUUGGAGAGACCAACACAAAUAAUACCACAGUACAUGGAAAGAAGAGCAAUGCUGGAGCCGUCUGCAUUGAAGAGGAACCGACUCACCUCGAGCUGGGAGUUUACAUUGAGAAUCUAGUGAAGGUGUAUCGUCACGGCAGGAAGUUGGCGGUUGACGGUUUGACACUCGGCUUUUAUGAGGGUCAAAUAACCUCAUUCCUCGGCCACAAUGGUGCUGGAAAAACCACCACUAUGUCUAUACUCACUGGCCUUUUCCCUCCAACCUCCGGCACUGCUUACAUCAUGGGCAGAGACAUCCGCUCAGAGCUGAGCUCCAUCAGACAGAGCCUCGGUGUUUGUCCACAACACAACGUCCUCUUCAGCAUGUUGACGGUGGAGGAGCACAUCUGGUUUUAUGCCCGUCUGAAGGGUCUGUCUGAAGAGGAGGUGAAGGCUGAGAUGGAGCAGAUCUUGACCGACACAGGUCUUCCACACAAACGCAAAUCCAGGACGAGCCAGUUAUCAGGUGGCAUGCAGAGGAAACUCUCAGUGGCCCUUGCAUUUGUCGGUGGGUCGAAGGUUGUCAUUCUGGACGAGCCGACCGCUGGUGUGGACCCUUAUGCUCGCAGGGGUAUCUGGGAUCUUCUUCUAAAAUAUCGUGCAGGUCGCACCAUCCUCCUUUCCACCCAUCAUAUGGACGAGGCGGACAUUCUGGGCGAUCGUAUUGCCAUCAUCUCCCAUGGAAAGCUUUGUUGCGUGGGCUCCUCGCUAUUUUUGAAGACGCAGUUAGGAACGGGAUACUAUCUCACAUUGGUGAAGAAGAACACUGAACCGUCUCUGAGUUCCUGCAGAAACUCCAGCAGCACGGUGUCUUUUGUUAAGAAAGAAGAUGAUGCAUCAGACAGCAGCUCAGAUGCCGGUCUAGGAAGUGACCAAGAGAGCGAAGCCGCCACUGCUAUUGGACCAACAUGGCCUGAAUCUCCAGUCGUUCCUGUAGAUGUGUCCCUCAUCUCCAGUGUGAUCCUGAAGCACGUUCCUGCUUCCCGAAUGGUGGAGGAUCUCGGUCACGAGAUCACGUAUGUGUUGCCGUACGAGUCUGCCAAAGAUGGUGCCUUCGUUAAACUUUUCCACGACCUGGAUGACCGUCUCGCCGACUUGGGCAUUUCAAGCUAUGGGGUUUCAGAUACCACACUGGAAGAGAUUUUCCUUAAAGUGGCGGAAGACAGUGGUGUUGAUACAGAAAUCUCAGAUGGAACUGUGCCGGUACGCAGACGCAGACAACAUGCAUUUGGUGGGGACCAUCAGAGCUGCCUCAAACCCUUGACUGAAGAUGACAACUUUGAUUGCAACGACUCCGAUGCUGAUCCAGAAUCCAAAGAGACGGAUUAUUUGAGCGUUAUUGACGGUAAAGGAUCGUAUCAAGUGAAAGGCUGGAGUCUGAAGAGGCAACAGUUUGUGGCUCUAAUAUGGAAGAGAUUUCUUUAUGCCCGUCGGUCAAGGAAAGGUUUCUUUGCACAGAUUGUUCUUCCCGCUGUGUUUGUGUGCAUCGCCCUGGUCUUCAGUCUUAUAGUUCCGCCAUUUGGAAAAUAUCCCAGUCUGGCUCUUAAUCCUUGGAUGUACGAGGAGCAGUUCACAUUCAUCAGUGAAGAUGCGCCCGAUGAUGCAAGCACACAAAAAUUACUCAGGGCCUUAUUAGACGAUCCUGGUUUCGGAACACGGUGCAUGGAAGGAGAACCAAUUCCAGACGCUCCUUGUACAAUGGCCGAUGAGGAUUGGUCUACUCCAGAAGUUCCAGAGAGCGUAGCUGAUAUUUUCAGGAAGGCAAACUGGACCAUGGACUAUCCGUCUCCUGCUUGUGAGUGCAGCUGUGAUGGCAAGAAGAAGAUGCUUCCAGAAUGCCCUGCAGGUGCUGGUGGACUUCCACCUCCUCAGACUAAGAUCAGCCAAAUGGACACCCUCCAAAAUCUGACAGGGCGAAACAUCUCAGACUAUCUAGUAAAAACCUACGCGCAGAUCAUUGGGAAGAGUUUAAAGAACAAGAUCUGGGUGAACGAAUUCAGGUAUGGAGGAUUUUCACUGGGUGCGAGAAGCACUCAGGUCCUUCCUCCCGCUGAAGAGAUCGAUGAUGCAAUCCAUCGAGUCAGGCAGAUCUUCCAGUUGGGAAAGAACUCGGGCUCAGCGGCCGAUCGUUUCUUGAACAGUCUGUCUACCUUCAUCAAUGGGCUGGACACGAAAAAUAAUGUCAAGAUAUGGUUCAAUAACAAGGGCUGGCACAGUAUCGGAGCUUUUAUUAACGUAAUGAACAACGGUAUCUUGCGUGCCAAUUUACCAGAUGGUAAAGAGGCGCGUCAGUACGGCAUCACUGCCUUUAACCAUCCACUCAAUCUGACCAAGGAGCAGCUUUCUCAAGUCGCACUAAUGACUACCUCAGUGGACGUGUUGGUGUCCAUCUGCGUGAUCUUCGCCAUGUCCUUCGUUCCCGCCAGCUUUGUCGUCUUCCUGAUUCAGGAGCGAGUGAAUAAAGCCAAGCACAUGCAGUUUAUCAGUGGAGUUCAGCCCUUGCUUUACUGGCUGGCCAACUUUGUCUGGGAUAUGUGCAAUUAUGUCGUUCCUGCUACACUGGUCAUCCUGAUCUUCGUGUGCUUCCAACAAAAAGCUUACGUCUCAUCCACCAAUCUGCCCGUUCUGGCACUUCUGCUCCUUUUAUACGGAUGGUCCAUCACUCCACUGAUGUAUCCGGCUUCCUUCUUAUUCAAAAUCCCCAGCACUGCUUAUGUGGUUCUCACCAGCGUCAACAUUCUCAUUGGGAUCAAUGGCAGCAUUUCCACUUUUGUAAUGGAGCUGUUCGGAAGUAACGAGAUCGGCGGCAUUAAUGACAUCCUGAAGAACGUUUUCUUGAUCUUUCCACAUUUUUGCCUCGGCCGAGGUCUCAUUGACAUGGUGAAGAAUCAGGCCAUGGCUGACGCCUUGGAGAGAUUUGGUGAGAACCGUUUCCGUUCUCCGCUGGAGUGGGACAUGGUGGGCAAGAACCUUUUUGCGAUGGCGGUGGAAGGAGUAGUCUUCUUUACCAUCACUGUCCUCAUCCAAUACCGUUUCUUCUGUAAACCCAGGUCUUUCAGUACUAAGCUGAGUCCAAUUGGUGAAGAAGAUGAGGAUGUUGCCAGAGAGAGGCAGAGGAUCGUCAACGGUGCGGGUCAAGGAGACAUACUGGAACUCCGACAGCUCACUAAGGUGUACAAGAGGAAACAGAAGCCUGCUGUGGAUCGUCUUUGUGUAGGGAUUCCUCCAGGAGAGUGUUUUGGUUUGCUCGGUGUCAACGGAGCCGGAAAGACGAGCACAUUUAAAAUGCUGACUGGUGAUUCUGUGGUGACCAGUGGUGAAGCUUUCCUAGCAGGAAAGAGUAUACUCAGGGAGAUUGAUGAAGUUCAUCAGAAUAUGGGCUACUGUCCUCAGUUUGAUGCAAUUAAUGACCUGCUAACAGGACGGGAACACCUGGAAUUUUACGCCAUCCUGCGUGGCGUACCCGAGCAUGAAGUUUGUGAGGUGGCUGAGUGGGGAAUCCGAAAGUUGGGACUUGUGAAGUAUGUGGACAAAUAUGCAGGGAGCUACAGUGGUGGCAACAUGCGCAAACUCUCCACUGCCAUUUCUCUCAUAGGAGCUCCUCCGGUGGUUUUCCUGGAUGAGCCCACAACUGGCAUGGACCCCAAAGCCCGGCGGGCGUUAUGGAACUGCAUCCACAGUGUCAUCAAAGAGGGACGCUCCGUCGUGCUUACCUCACACAGUAUGGAGGAAUGUGAAGCACUGUGCACUAGAAUGGCCAUCAUGGUGAACGGCAGGUUCCGCUGUCUGGGCAGCGUCCAACACUUGAAGAACAGAUUUGGUGAUGGAUACACCAUCAUUCUGAGGGUCGCAGGUCCAGAUCCAGACCUUCAGCCUGUGAUGAAGUUUAUCGAGAGCGAGCUACCAGGCAGCACACUAAAAGAGAAACAUCGAAACAUGCUACAAUACCAGCUCUCUUCUUCCCUUACAUCUCUCGCUCACAUCUUCAGCAUCCUCGCCAAGAACAAAGAUUUUCUCAGGAUAGAAGAUUAUUCUGUGUCUCAGACCACUCUUGACCAGGUGUUUGUUAACUUUGCCAAGGACCAAAGUGACGAUCACUGCGACACCUCCAUUCGUCGUAAGGAGACCGCGGUCAACAUGGCAUUACUGAGUCCACUGUCCAGUGCCGAUAAUAUAGAGAAGCCAAAAGAAAGCUUUGUGUGAACUGGGCUUUCUCUUUACACUACAAGCUAACCGGAGCCAGUGGAUUCCACACGUUUCACAAUGUUUUUGUGGCCUUUGCACUGCGGUCUGCCGGUCUGACCUUUAUCUGAAGAUAAAUGCUUUGGGUCAGCUGAGAGGCAAACACUGCAGCCAAGACACUCAAUGCAAGACAAUGCAAAGAAAUGAUAAAGACUUCUCUAGAGUUUGUAGCGCGGCUACGUCCAAGCCACGAGUGUUAAAUUAUCCGUUUUUGGUGGACCGUAUUUUGCGCAGUUGUUGGCAGAGGGGUCAUCAGUUUCAUCACACGAACGAUGAUAAUUCGGGCCGAUGGGUAAAUGCCAAUGAUCAAUAAUUCAGGGUCAGUGUCUUUAUUUUUUAUUUUCUUAAGACUAGAAAUUUCUUGCUGAAGAUUUACAAUCAUUUGCGUGGCCUAUAGGGCUAAACUGCAAAUCAUACUAUGGUAACUUGAUUUUUCUUGUUAUAUGUGUCAUUAUUUAUAAGUGAGAAUUGUUUUAGAUGUCUUUUAAAGUCCGAAAUGGGAUUAUUUAAUACUGUCAAAGAGUGCCUCGUAAGAAUCCGAAUCAUUAAGCGAUGAGCAAAGUGACUCUUAUAGGGUUUUAUAAUAAAAUAAAAUGUAAAAAAAAAGUGUUUAGAUGAGUAAGCUUUACAGUCACACUAUCUAACAAAUACCUCGACUGACACUGUAUUCCUAAGGGACACUCCAGAAGUCGUUGGAAGGAAAUAAAAAGUCACAAUGUGCCUUCUUUAGUUCAAGUCCUUCACAAAAUAAACCAGGUUUGCUGGUCUCAGCUGGUCUCCCAGCUUAACUCCUGUACCAGCCUGACCAGUGGAAGCCAGCUUUGACCAUCAAAACCACCUUAGCCUGGUAAAUAGUUUUUUUAGGAGGACAGUGAAAUUUAAUCGUGAGUACAUUAUUGAUUUCUGCUGUGUUGUAAGUAGCCGUUCAGUACAGUAAGGUGAUGAGCCCGUCAGUAUUUUGGAUGUUAUUGGGAUAGGCAACCGUGAUGCCUUAUGUCAGAGCACUUUACUCGCUGUGUUAAUUGGAAUUGAUUAAAUGGUAAAAUGUGUUUUGCACUGGAUUUUCCACAGACAAAGUAUUUACCUUUAUCUCCGACCAAAAUGAUUAAACCUUGAAAAGACAAUAAAGGUCUUUAGUGCCACUAAUAUUCCUCAUUUCAUACCUGUUUACAUUUCAAAUGCAUGGCAGUGGGAUGUCUGUUACUCACCUUGUACACUUACUGUAUUUACACAAUAAAACAUGCCAAUUCUA